AAACCAGUCAGUUUCUACGCAUGCUUAACAAUAUAAUGACUUCCGAUGUAAACAGGGGAAAUGUUUCCAACUGCAUUCAAUCUGGUUUAUCGAUGGAGUUCGAAUGUCAGAACAAAAGCACGUGUGAUUCGAUGCCUUCACUACAUACAGGGACAAGAACCAGAACCUAAGAUACGAGAAUACUUUUACUUUAUCGACCAUCAGGGCCAGUUAUUUCUUGAUGAUGCCCGGAUAAAGAAUUUUACAUCUUGUUUCAAGGAGAAGGAUUUCUUGAUAUUCUUUUUUAAAAGACUGAGAUUAAAUGAAGGUGAUAGAUAUUCAAAUGAAUUUCCCUAUCUGUCACCGUGCGGGAGAGAAAGGAAUUACAUUCGAUGUGAUGAUAAACCAGUAGUGUAUACUCACCUGAUGGACUCUGAUUCUGGAAAGGCACUUUUAUCCUACAGUGGUGCAGGAAAUGCUUUAACUACUGAAUUUUUGCCAACAAGGAUAUGCAUGUUACCCAAUACUGGGAGAGUUUAUCAUCCAGCCCCAGCUAAACUGGGGGGAAUUGGGCUGAUUAAGUCAAGUCUUGCUAUAGAACUUAGCAAGUAUUUUGAAUUUGAAAAUGGUGAAGACAAUCCACCAACUCAUUUUAUCUGGAAGGAGAAGAGAAUUACUUUGACCAAUGAUUUAAUUGACUUGAUGGAUAAAACUCCGUUUCAAAUUAGAGAAAUGUUAAGCAAAAAUAAUUGAAAAUUUCAAAUAAUAUGUGUUUUGAAGAAUAUCUUAUGACAAUAUAUUCAGACUAUUAAUGAUAUGUAGAACAAGUUGAAAUCAUAUAAGAUAAUUUGAUUGAACAGUAAUAUUGUAAUGAAUUCUUAUACUCGUACAAUAGGUAGAUAGUUCAGUGCUUCUUUUAGCACCUUGUAGGGCAGAUAAAAACAAUAUUUGCAAGGCUAGGAUCAUUAAACUUGAUACACAUGUUCCCCAUGAUUAGAGGAAGAAGCCUAUUGUUUUUUUUACAGGUCAAAGGUUGAUCCAGAUGAAACUUAUGCACAAAACUAGAAGCAGUAUUAAUUGAUGAGACCAGGAUAAUCAAACUUGAAUAACAUAUAUUCAACCAUCACAGUAUGAUAGAUAUAGUGCAGUGUUUCUGUGUCUAUAUGGUGUCUGUCUGUUCUUCUAUCAGUAACUUGUGGAAAGGAUAAAAAGAGUACUAAUGAUCAAACCUGUUAUGUUAACCAUGGUGAGGGGGAGAUGCCUCUUACUUCUCAAGGUCAAAGUCAUACUGUCAUUGGCAAUCAUGAAGGGAAAACUAGGUUAAGAUCAACAAACUUGGUGUACAUGUUCCCCAUUGUGUUGGUACCAAGUAUAUUUUGAAAAGAAUUUGUUUUACUUCCCAAAUUAUACUCUAUUAGAUUAAAAUCUUACUACAGUUUGAUAUUUAGCAAAAGAUCUGUAGAACUAACAUUGUACCAUAUAGCAUUUUUUUCCGGGGGUCUAAAAUUUGGUGAUUUGCUGGGUCAAAGGUAUGCUUAUGAUUUUAAUGGAAUAAAUUUUGGAGGACAUGCAGGGAAGAGUUAUCUCUCUUGCAAAUACUGAAGUCGUGCAAAUUUGACAAGUGAAAUUUUGGCGGAAAGCUAUAUAACCGCUAAAAUAAACCAAAUUUAUCACCCCACGGAAAACCCGUUAUAUGGUAUUACAUGUAGUAAGGCAAAUUCAACUUAAUUAGUAGAUUAUCAUCCGGGGUCACAAAAAAUAUGGGGUGGGUGGGAGGAUUUAAUUUUUUUAUUUUUAUUUCCCCGAGAGAAAAAAAAUAAUGACAAAAGGCAUCACACAAAGUCUUAAUCAAGUGAACAUUCAAAGAAUCCUUGGUAGAAGAUAUAAAACCAACAUUUUGUGACUUUAAUCAUUCACUCAUGUCACAGGGAAGCAAGUUUGUUUGAAAUUGUAAUUUUUGUGAAAAUAAAGAAAAAUCGGGGCAGGUCCUUUUUUAGAGGGCGGGCGGGGAUGAUAAUCUAUCAAUUGAUUUUAAUUGGCUUAAUUUUCAAUAUUUAAAAAAAAGUGUUGAAAGAAAAAAACUCAUGGAAGUAAUUAAACAAAUACAGAUUCAUUAGAGAAAAUUGUAAAUUUUCAUUCUGCAUGAUAGCAGUUAAAUAAGUACAGAUCCAUAGGAGCAGAUACAUUUAAUGCGGCUGUAUUAGUUGUGAUCCUCUCUGUGGUGGUAGCACUAGUCAUUGCUACUGUAGCUAUAGUAAACCAUCUUAUGUAUCCUCAGACCAAAGGAUUGUUUCCUGUCUUUGAUUACUACUGCAUUACUGAAUAUAUUGAAUGAGCAUAUUUUGCACUGUGAUAAUUGCUUAUGUUAAUUUAUUAAAUAAAGAUGUGUACUGUU